AUGAAAUCAAACAGGAUCAAGGAGGAGAAUAUCUGGAGUUGUGAUGUGGACAAGGCAAAAUCAUGGGUAUGGCGUUCUCUUCUCCACCUCCGGCAGUUGGCUUCUCGCUUCAUAAGGGUUAACGUUGGAAAUGGUCACUCUAUUAGUUUCUGGUGGGAUAUCUGGACGCCUUUCGGUAAGCUCAUUGAUUACUUUGGUCCUACUGGCCCCAGAGAGCUGUCUAUCCCCCUCGAAGCUUCCAUCGCUAAUGCUUGCAACUUGGAUGGCUGGCUAAUGCGUGGGGCAAGAUCGCAACCUGCUGAGACACUUCAAAUCUACCUUACUACUGUCCCUCUGCCUUCCCUGGUAACUGAAAAUGACUCUUACGUCUGGUUAGUCAAUGACUCUGCGUUGGAUAAAUUUUCAGCAAAGCUAACUUGGGAAGCCUUGCGUAAUAGAGCACCCGCCCAGCAGUGGACCUCCUAUGUUUGGUUUAAAGGUGCGAUCCCUAGACAUUCUUUCAAUAUGUGGCUAGUUCAGCUUGAUAGGCUACCCACUAGAGCUCGUCUCUCCUCUUGGGGCAUCAACACAUCAACUGCUUGCUGCCUCUGUAACACCUACGUUGAAGACAGAGAUCACCUGUUCUUACGCUGUGAGUGGAGUGCCGACCUUUGGACCAUUUGCUUGAGAAGAAUGGGUUAUUCUUGUGGUGGAUUCUAUUCAUGGCAGACUUUCUCUGAUUGGCUUAGUCUACAUGACAGUGUGGCUCCUAGACUACUCAAAUAUUUGGUGGCCUCAGCAACUAUCUACUCCAUCUGGUCUGAGAGGAACAAGCGAUAUCAUGAUAACAUCUCAUCUCCUCCGGAAACCAUCUUCAAGCUGCUAGACCGUUUCAUUAGAGAUGCAAUUCUGUCCAAGAGAAAUCAGAGGCAGAGUUGUGGCCUAAUGCAACAUUGGCUCUCUAGGGAGUAA